AUGAGAGUUAGCGGUGCGCUCUUUGCUCGUCUAGCCGUACCGACGAAUGCUACCGUCCGGCCAGAGGAUGUCAUCCAGACCGAAAUUAUGCCCCUUUCCGACCGGGCGGUUCCCAUUAUCGUCGUCAACGUGCUUCUCACCUUCGCUACAACGCUAUGGACGGGUAUGCGAUUAUACAGCUGGCGGAAGAAGGGACAGUCGUUCACCAUUGAGGAUUUCUUGACUGUUGUUGCUCUGAUUGCCUUCUAUGGGCUAGUAGCCUGCAAUUUUGUCAUGGUUUACCUAGGGGGAACCGGGCAUCACUACUUGACGCUCCAGCCAUAUCACGUCGAACGCAUGUCAAAGGCCGCAUACGGUGUCCAAACCCUCUUCGCCAUCUGUCUCGGCUUCAAGAUCGGCAUCACCCUCAUGCUCCAGCGCGUCUUCUUCGUGCGGAGCUUCAAGAUCGCGGCCCGCAUCACCGCGGGCCUCUGCGUCUGCUGGAUGCUCUUCACCAUCCUCAUAGGCAUCUUCAUCUGCCAGCCCGUGGCCAUGAAUUGGAACCCGACGACGCCUGGCGGCAAGUGCGGCGACCAGAACGCCGCCUUCGCCGCCGUAGGCUACUUUGCUCUCGCGACGGAUCUUAUUAUUCUCGUGCUGCCGAUACCCAUGGUCUAUAACCUGCAGCUGCGGUGGCCGCAUAAGGUGGCUUUGUACAUCAUCUUUGGCGCAGGCGCUCUAACCAUGAUCUUCGCUGCCCUACGAUUGAAGAAUGUCUUAACAAUGGACUUCACAGACGUAACCUACUCCCAAGUCGGUGUCGUGCUAAUGGGGACACUCGAACCCGGCGUCGCUAUCAUAGUCUCGAGCAGCUUCCUUCUGAAACCGUUAUUCGACGCCACCGUCGGCCGCUUCUGGUCCCUCCGCGGUGGCGGAGCCGGGCCAGCCUCAGCGAAACCGACCACACUCCAGACGAUUGGCCAAUCCGGGCUUUUGGGGUCGAAGCUAUCUAGGGCCGGGGGAGGCAGGUUCAGCCAGAUGCACUCGACAAACAGCGACGACGAUGACGAUUUGGAGCUAGAUAUGCUGCGGGAGAAGAGGCAUGACGUAGCUGUCAUGGUGGCCAGCGGGAACCCGUCAGAGGAUAGUGUUGUGAGGGGCUUCAAGAGAAGAGGUGAUGACGAUACUUCGGGCUCCGAGGUUGGGAUUUUGGUGACGAGGAAAACGAGUGUUGUGAGCGAGGCCAGGGGGGAAGGCUUGUAAGCUUUUGUUCUAGUUUUACC